CAAGCGACCGGUGUGCGCCUCCACUGCCGUCCUCAUCGUCCUCGACGUCCUCUAAUUAUACAAAAGGUCCCUCGCGGCUCCCUCAAGACACAAGCAUCCCAGUAUGGCCGCUGUUCAGACUCUUCCCAAGGAUGUCUCCAAGCUUGGUCAGGAAGUCAAGCUUUUCGGCAAGUGGGACACCCAGGAUAUCGAGGUGAAGGACAUCUCCCUGGCCGACUACAUCCAGAUCCGUCAUGCGGUCUACCUCCCCCACACCGCCGGCCGUUACUCCAAGAAGCAGUUCAAGAAGGCACAGAUGCCCGUCGUGGAGCGAUUGGUCGACAGUUUGAUGAUGAAGGGCCGUAACAAUGGCAAGAAGCUCUUGACCGUCCGCAUCGUUGCGCACGCGUUCGAGAUCAUCCACCUCUUCACCGACCAAAACCCCAUCCAGAUUCUUGUCGAUGCGAUCAUCAACACUGGUCCCCGUGAAGACUCCACUCGCAUUGGGUCUCAGGGUACCGUCCGUCGUCAGGCCGUCGAUGUCUCCCCCCUACGCAGGGUGAACCAGGCUAUUGCCCUCCUGACUAUUGGCACUCGCGAGUCUGCGUUCCGCAACGUUAAGUCGAUUGCGGAGUGCCUUGCUGAUGAGCUGAUCAACGCGGCCAAGGGCUCGUCAAACUCCUACGCCAUCAAGAAAAAGGAUGAACUCGAGCGUGUCGCCAAGUCCAACCGGUGAAAGUUCAGUUCCUGGGGGACCCGAGCUAUGGCACUAUGGGUGUUCUGGAUCUUCGCAGCUUCCUUCUAUAUCAAUAUUUUUCAUGACGCACCAUGUAACCCAUAUGUCCGCUUAUGGCAAUGUCCUCACCGCUGCGUAUCGCUUUGCUUGUAUCUGCUCUCUGUGCUGAACCACGAGUUGUCGUAUAGCAUUUCUGACAGGCCAGUACACUACCUUGUUGUGGCAUGUCUCGGGUUCAUCAACAGAUAGUGGGCUAUUUUCAAGACGAGCCCGUCGUUCUGCGACGAAGCGGUCAGAUCCCCUGAUGUCCUUGUGGGCACUCAGGCUGAGAUCGUCAGCUAUGAAUAACGCCGGGCCACGAACUUUGUCAACCCGUCUGCACCUGCUGCCGCUCCGGUGUUUGUGGGCCGCACGAUCCCAAUUAGAGGCGUCGAAGGGAGUUCAGUCCAGGAACUUGGUACCUCCCGCGGUGUCGCGGGGGAAGGGGGAGGGGUGUCAACCCAUCUGCUCCAUACCCUCACUCCGUCAGUCAGAAGUCCGACAUACUCGACCAUAUAGAUUCUCCAGCGAAACGGUCCUUCCUCUCUGCAUGAGGCUCUUGGGAACAAGCACUGUAUGCCGCGUGUGCAAUGACUUGAGGAAGGUAAUUCGGAGUGUGCGUACCUGAUGUCAUGUGCGUCCCACAGUGCUCCGAAUUCCGCUCGCUAUUCACAGGAAACAAGGACGCGCCUCCGUACAGGGGUGUCGAUGCGGCAGUUGACAUCGUACGCAAAAUCCGCUCCGUGGGCACCGCAUAUGCUGCUACCGGUAGAUCAGCUGCUCUCGUCGCGCGACGUGCGCUGGGAAACGGUGCGCACAUCGGACGCGUCCAACGGGCUCGAGGUGGGUAAACUACACACGGUAAUCGAGUCGCUCCCGACAAACAUGGAC